ACGUCAAUGCGUCAAACUUUACAAUUAUUUCAGAGGUUACUUUAGACUUUUGAUUUUCGAAACGAGAAAAUCCUGUGGAAAUUUAAUUUAGAAGAACCUCGAUCGGUCAGAUCAGUACUUCCUUAAGCACCAUGGCCAAUUCAGGAAAAGGAACAUUUCAACCGGACUCUGACGUCCAUAUUUCCUUUGAAGACCAGCAAAAAAUUAACAAAUUUGCGCGGCUAAACGCUAAAGUAGACGAUUACAAAGAUGAGCUGAAAGUGAUACAAAACGACAUGAAGAAUUUAGAAGAAGCUGUUGAAGAGCUGGCGCUUGCUGACGACAGCGAGAAAAUUCCUUAUCUUGUUGGAGAAGUAUUUAUUUGUCAGAGCCUUGAAGACACCAUGAAAUCAUUAGAAGAAUCAAAACAGAAAAAAGAAAAUGAAAUAGCUGAAUUAGAGGCAAAAUGUGAGGAACUCAAGUCUCAAAUGGGUGAACUGAAGGCACACCUUUAUGGAAAGUUCGGAAGCCAUAUCAAUUUGGAAAAUGAGGAGGAAUGACGCAUCAAAUGCAAUAUUCAGAUAUUGAAACAAAACUAACACUGCAGUGUCACAAUUUUUAUUUAAUAAGAUACAUUAUAUUAUGACUUGUACAACAGUAACUAGUAGGUAUCAAAUGUUCUUACAAGUUGUAUGAAAUGCCAGAUGUUCACUGCAGCCUCAAUAACAGCAAGAUAUGAAUCAACAUGUUGUAACCUUGCUAACAUAUUUAAAUAACCAAUUACUUAAUGCUUAAAUAAUAUAAGUUUCAAA